CAUGGACCUAGGGCCCUUGAAUAUCUGUGAAGAAAUGACUGUUUUGCAUGGGGGCUUUUUGCUGGCUGAGCAGCUGUUCCACCCCAAAGCACUGGCAGAAUUGACAAAGUCUGACUGGGAGCAUGUUGGGCGGCCCAUUGUGGAGGCCUUGAGGGAGAUCUCUGCCUCACCAUGCUCCCAGUCCUUUGCCUGGAAGAGGAAAGCUCUGGUCAUCAUCUGGGCCAAGGUCCUUCAGCCCUACCCUGUCAUUCCAUCUGACACUGAAACUCGGUGGCAGGAAGAUGUGUUCUUCUCUGUAGGCAACAUGAUCCCUACCAUCAAUCACACAGUCCUUUUUGAGCUGCUCAAGUCCCUGGAAGCUUCUGGACUCUUUAUCCAGCUCCUGAUGGCCCUCCCCACCACUAUCUGCCGUGCAGAACUAGAGCACUUUUUGGAGCACAUGGCUAUUGACACUUCUUCAAAGGAUGUGGCCUUUUUCCUUGAUGUCUGGUGGGAAAUGAUGAAGCACAAGGGCAGUCAGCAGGACCCCCUGCUCUCCCAGUUUAGGACAAUGGCUAAUAAGUACUUGUCCUCUUCAGAUGAGUUCUCCCACCCUCCAAAGAGGUUUAAGUCAGAUCCGGAUGUGUGUCCUACUAUGCCUCUGUUGGCCAUGCUACUCACUGGGCUGAAGCAAAUCCAAAAUAGAAUCCUGUGUCCCGGGAUGAAGUGCUGUGCGUUAGCUAACUUAGCUGACAUGCUGACUGUGUUUGCACUGAUGGAGGAUGACCCUCAGGAAGUGUCCGCGACUGUGUACCUAGACAAACUGGCCACAGUGAUCUCCGUAUGGAAUUCGGACACCCAGAACCCAUAUCAUCAGCAGGCACUGGCAGAGAAGGUAAAGGAGGCAGAACGGGAUGUCAACCUGAGCUCACUGGCCAGGCUCCCGAAUGAAACUAUUUUUGUUGGGUUUGAGUUCAUGCGCAGCCUGCUGCGGGAGUGGGGGGAGGAGCUGCAGGCCAUGCUCAAUAGCAGCCACGGGACAAAUUAUGAUAGCUACCGGCUAUGUGACAGUCUGACUUCCUUCAGCCAGAACUUGAAGCUCUACCUGGAUACCGCCAGUUUGUCCAAGGAGGAGAGGCAGGUGGUUUCUGAACUGGCAGAGUGCGUUGGGGAUUUCCUGAGAAAAACGAACAAGGUACUAAACAAGGGCUUGGAGAAGGACAUCACUGCCUCGAUCGCCAUGGCCAUUAUUGAGCAAAAGAUGGAUCGGCAUAUGGAAAUGUGCUACAUUUUUGCUUCUGAGAAGAAGUGGGCCUUCUCGGAUGAGUGGCUAGCCUGCCUGGUUAAUAACCAGGCUCUCUUCCGAGAGCCAGAUUUGGUGUUAAAGCUGCUGGAAACAGUAGUGGAAGUCAGCGCAACAGACAGAACCAUCCCCGAAUCUCAGAUCAAACAAGUGAUCGACUUGAUCCUGGAAUGUUACACAGGCCUCUCACUGCCAGAUAAAAAUAAAGUCCUCUCGGGUGUCCUGGUUUCCUGGGGGCGAAAGGGCCUCUCUGAGAAGUUGUUGGCUUACUUGGAGGGGUUUCAGGAAGACCUCAACACGACUUUUAACCAGCUUGCACAGAGUGCUUCCGAUCAGGGCUUAGCUAAGGCUGUCACUUCUGUGGCCCGCCUGGUCAUACUGCACCCAGAGAUCACAGUGAAGAAAAUGUGUAGCAUGGCUGUGGUCAAUCUCGGUACCCACAAGUUCCUGGCUCAGAUUCUUACCGCCUUCCCUGCCCUCAAGUUCACGGAAGAGCACGGUCCAAAUCCAUCCACCACUUUCAUUUUGUCAUGCCUCCAAGAAACCGUCUGGACAAAAUUCUCUACACCCAAGGAAGAAAAACAGUUUUUGGAGCUCCUGAGAUAUCUGAUGAAUCCUGUGAAGCCCCAAGGGAUUCCAGUAGCUGUUCUUCUUGAGCCAGAUGAGGUGCUGAGGGAAUUCGUCCUGCCUUUCUUGAUGCUAGAUGUUGAAGAGGUAGACCUCAGUCUGAAGAUCUUCAUCCAGACCCUCGAAGCAAAUGCCUGCUUAGAGGAAUACUGGCUCCAGACCUGUUCUCCAUUCCCCCUCAUCUUCAGUUUGUGCCAGCUCCUGGAUGGCUUCAGCAAAUACUGGCAACUCCCCAAGGAGAAACGCUGCCUCUCCCUGGAUGGGAAGGAUCUGGUGGUCCGUAUCCUAGAGCGCCUAUGUGAGAUUGUAUUAGCUAAUGCCGAGACCUUCUCCCCAGACACCUGGAUCAAAUCCCUGUCCUGGCUUCACCGGAAGUUGGAGCAACUAGACUGGACUGUGGGCCUGAGACUGAAGAACUUCUUUGAGGGCCACUUUAAGAGUGAGGUGCCAGCCACCCUUUUUGAGAUCUGUAAGCUUUCUGAGGAUGAGUGGACCUCCCAGGCCCACCCUGGGUAUGGGCCAGGCACAGGGCUCCUUGCCUGGAUGGAAUGCUGCUGCAUCUCCAGCAGUGUCUCUGAGAGGAUGCUCUCCCUCUUGGUGGUGGGUGUGGAUAACCCUGAGGAGGUCAGAUUGUUCAGCAAAGGCUUUCUGGUAGCCCUGGUGCAAGUCAUGCCUUGGUGCAGCACCCAGGAGUGGCAGUACCUUUUCCAGUUGACCAGGAGACUUUUGGAGAAACAACUCCUGCAUGUCCCUUAUAGCCUGGAAUAUAUUCAAUUUGUUCCUCUGCUCAACCUGAAGCCCUUGGCCCAGGAGCUCCAACUCUCCGUACUCCUCCUGAGAGCUUUCCAGUUUCUCUGCAGCCAGAGUUGUCGUAAUUGGCUUCCAAUGGAAGGCUGGACCCAUGUGGUCAAACUCCUCUGUAGCAGUCUCACCAGCCUCCUAGACUCAGUUAGGUUGAUCCAGUCAGUUGGCCCUUGGGCCCAAGGACAAGAACAGGACCUGACCCAGGAAGCCCUAUUUUUUUAUACCCAGGUAUUCUGUCAUGUUCUGCACAUCAUGGCCAUGCUCCAUCAAGAGGUGUGUGAACCUCUCUACGUUUUGGCCUUGGAAAUCCUCACCUGCUAUGAAACCCUGAGCAAGACCAACCCCUCUAUUAGCGCCUUACUCCAGAAGGUAAAUGAGCAACACUUCCUAAAGUCCAUUGCCAAGAACAUUACCCCGGAGGAGCGGCGCCAAACCCUGCUGCAGAAGAUCAGCAACUUCUGACCUUAAUAGAUCAGAAAACAGCUGGGCUUCCACUGCACGAGGUCUGUAGGGGUUGGAGCCGAGAAACAAGACUUAGUUAUGUGAAUGUGUGCACAAACUAAAAAGUAUAUGGCAAUAACAGUGUAAAGAAAAUAGUUUCUUGGGUAUUUGUAACAU